UAUAAAAAGGGCCUCCCCUGCCUCUCACUGCAGACGAGACAGCUGCCAGCCUGCAGGCUUCCUCUGGCAUCUGGGAUUGCACUGGAUCUGCACACUCUGAACAAGGUUCCUCCAAGCUGAAGCCAUGAGAAUCCACAGCCUCACCCUGCUGCCCUUCCUCCUUCUGGCCGCUCAGGUGCUCUUGGCGGUGGGCGCACCGACGUCAUGGAAGGGGCAAGGCAGUAGAGCAACCAAAAAUCAUUGGAUCCCUCUGGGUAAGCCCCAAAUUGUGCAGAGACCCAGUCAACAAAAGCCCAUGGUCAAUGGUGAGAUUGUCACUCCAGACCAAGCUUCAUGUACUGUGACUAUGAUAGAGCACGCAGAGGGCACCGCCAUUAAGGCCAUGUGCUCCCGAAUGGACCACGACUUUUCCUGUGUCUUUACCGGCAACCCAACUUCCUGCAUAGAGGGUUGUAAAAGUGAUAUUAUCUACUGGAAACAAAUUGCUUAUCAUUUAAGUUGCCAGAGGAACCUCUGUGAGGACGCCAAUGUGGUCCUGAGAAGCAGGGUCUGCAGUAGGAGGUUUCCAGAAUCAAAUUUCAAGCUGGUGUACUCCACUCUGAUCGAUGAUCUCAGCCAGUGUGAUAAGGACAUCACCCCCUGGUGGCAUAUCAUAAUCCAUGAGGCCCCCACAACAGGUACGACAGAAGUCAUACCGUUCUAUCCAGGGCCAGGGAUCCAGACCAUUGCACCCGUCCCUACAGAGGCGGUUGAAGUCACAGAGACCACCCCAACAGUGCCCAUCGUGAUUCAACAGACCACUCCCAAGGAGCAGAUAAAAGGGAAAAAGACAACCACUACCCAGCAGCCCAAGACUGAACAGACCACCACCACAGUGCCCACCGUGACUGAAGAGACCACCCCCACUGAGGAAGUAAAAGUGGAAGACACCACCACUACACAGCAGCCCAAGACUGAGCAGACCACCACCACAGUGCCCAUAGUGCCGGAAGAGACCACCCCCACUGAGCAGGUAACAGUGGAAGAGACCACCACUCCACAGCAGCCCCAGAUCCAACAGACCGCAGCCGCAGUGCCCAUCGUGCCGGAAGAGACCACUCCCACUGAGCAGGUAACCGUGGAAGAGACCACCACUACACAGCAGCCCAAGACUGAGCAGACCACCACCACAGUGCCCAUCGUGACUGAAGAGACCACUCCCACUGAGGAGGUCAAAGUGGAAGAGAUCACCACUACAGUGCAACCCAAGUUGGAACAGACCACCACCACAGUGCCCAUCGUGAUGGAAGAGACCACGCCCACUGAACAAGUCAAAGUGGAAGAGACCACCACUACACAGCAGCCCCAGAUCGAAGAGACCACCCCCACGGAGUCAUUCUACAAUGAGGUUACCACCCCCAAACCCAACUAUAAUGAUGACUCAGGCAUCAAAAUCAAGCAGACGAUAAUCUACCAGUCACCUCACGAUGUGGGCCAGAAGAUAGUGCAGCAGAGUACCCUCAACGACUAUGACGACUCAGGGAGCGCCUUCUGAGAAAUCUUUGGCACUGUGAUACAGGACCAACAAUUGUAAUGAGGCAAAGGCCAUUGGAGCCAGUUAGGAGAUGCCAUGCCAUUGGUCCCUCUGCACGCUGUGAAGCACGAGAUAGGCAGGAACAUUUGUGCUGUGGGAGUGCAGCUGAUUUUUAAACAAGGUUUGUAAUUCUGUGUUUGUGUUUGGAAAUUGCUAUGUAUUCCCUCCCUUGAAUGUGAUCUUCAGAGGCUGUUUACCUCAGUGUAUGUUUUCACGGCCCACAAUGCUGUGUGUAUAUGAGCAUUGAGGACCAGUCUUUGGGCUGAACAAGCCAGAGUGAUAAUUUCAGUGCGAUGCACUUUUUCCCGAAUUAAUAGACAUUAAAACUUUUCUUCAAAAAUA